AUGCGUUUCGAUGAGGCGUCGUCAGGAUGGCCACGCCCGAAGCCCGAGGGAAAGACCGUAAAUGCUGAGGGAUUACUAAUGAGCCGGGAGUGGUGUGGAGAGGCGAGGAAUACCUACGGAAAGGCUUGGCGGAGAGGCGGCGUAAAUGAUGUGUUGAUUGGAUUAAUCGAGGACAGAGUUGAGUGGAUGUCAGUGCGUCAUAGUAGUCCGGAUACAGAGAAAGUUGGUGUCAGCACCACUGCCGUUGCGGUUCCUCUCAUAUGCGGCUUCUCAAUCACCGGAAUCGGAAAACGUGAACGCGAAAUGCCAGCUACAGGGAUGGGAAAUCGAGGUCAAACGGUCGGAAAAACCAACAACAGGGAGCGUGUUUGGAAAGAGAGGCUGCAGAAGGUCAAAGCCUUGCGCAAAGUCGGAGCAACAUUGAAGCCAACUCGAGGGAGGAGGCUGCUGAGUAAUACUGAGGAUGACGCUUGUUCUGCGCAGAGGGCAGAAGAGGGUCUGCUUUGCUUGAAGGGGCAGUUGUCCUCGCUGCACGGCGCUGUGGUUCUCAUGAUGGCACUUAAAGCCGCCCUAUCUCCGCUUCCUAGUGAAUCACAUCUCAUCCACCAACCUGCCAUUAUUAGUUCAAGAGACGCUGGGGCUGGCUCUGGAGCCGAAAUUUCUGCGACUGGGCAUCAAUCGAAAAAGUACCCACAUUGUACGAAUAAGGGCAUCAAGCAGAAGUUCACGGCAUGGGAAAUUAUCAUCAUGAAAUCCACGAGAGGUUCUCAUCGGGCAUUAAACAUCCCGGCGAGAGAUCAUGAGUUGAUUCCAUCAUCGGCGUUGUCCCUGAUUCUCUGCAGACAAGUUGCAGGCCCCUAG